CCUACGUCGUCAUAGCGACAAUCAGCUGCUUUUCCAAAUAGGUCGACUUAACACUCCACUCUGGGCAGCGUUGAAGAUUUCCUUGCCUCUAGAAAGACCGUGGGGGGGACGGGGGAAGAAGUUCAACUUACUGACGCUCGGAAAAGAUAAGCAGCAGCACGCUUAAAAGAUACAGAACCCACACCUCGUGCCCGGAAGGCCUCGAUACUCUGACCAAAGUCAGGGGGAGAUAAUUAUUUUCCCUUUUCGAAGACAGGAGAACGGAGAGCCAGAAUUCACGGAAACAUCUGCAGUAUCGUUUCGGAAUUUCCAGGUCAUUUUUUACUGCGCUUUUCAAAUCCGUUGCGAUUCCGAAACGAGGAACACCCACAGACAGAAAGUACAAGCCAGAAGAAACGCUGGAUUUUUUGUAAAUGCCCUUUAUGAAUUUAGACUAAGCCCAAGUGAAUGAUUCCAUUCAUCCGAAGGAUUGAAAUUUAGAUUUUUUUGGGUCUCCGCUUAUACUCCAGAGUCCUCAGUGGGAUAUUCGCCUUUCAAAGGUCCCGAGAGCCCAGACAAUAUAGCCAGUGAAGAACGAGCCCACCACCCAGCCCCAGUUGCUAUUAUUGCCGGCAGAGUUAGCGAGGAAAAGCGCUCUUGGGCGAAUUAUGUGAUGGACGCUAUUCCGCUGCAGACGUACAGUAAAGCAACCCAAUCCGGUUCUCCGUUCCGUCCAUCUCAACCAGGAGCGUGCCCGGUGGCCAGCUGCCGACCCAGGGUCCCGAGAGUCCUCAAGGCCGCUCGCCCCCUGUCCGGGAGAAGCGACCUGGAUCGGUUCUCUGCAGUCGGGGCACUUGCCGAGAUCAAUAUCCCGGAAUGGGCGUGGUUAACAACUAGAGGCCUCCACAAAUGCAAUCUCUUUCUGCAGCAUUCCCUUCAGCAAUCAGUAAUAUCCUUUAAUGGUGAUUAAAAAACAAGAGUUGGACUAGAGUCUCUCUUUUGGAUGAGUUUCUGUGGCGUGUCUUGACUCGCCACAUCUCCGGGACAGCUGCUUUUUUCUUAGCCGCAGGAGCGGAAUUGGUCCACUACCUACUUGGGUCAGAAAUGAAUAUCUGAAGCGACGAAAAAUCCUCUCUGAAAGACAUGUGCCCCGUUGUGAAGUCACCCUUUUCAGAGGGAACGUACCGUAGGGUACAGAGUCAAAAGGAUAAAACUCCCCUUCAUCUGACGAGCGAGUAGGCAGUUCUACGAAAUGACUGACAGUUGGUGUCCAGUAAAUCGAUUUUAUUUGCUGAGAAUGUGAAAUUUAAAUUGUUUGAGAUUUAUUAGUUUUUACUUUUUUCUUCCCGUCCCUUAGGAGUUAGCCUGGCUGUGCUUCCAGCUGAAUAGAAAACAUAGUAGUUGAAAAAGAGGUGCCAAAGAGGGAUUUUCUUGGUUUAUAGUCUUCCAGAAUCAACGCUAUUCAGCCAUUGAUUUUGUUGCAGUAAAAACGAUUCAGGUUGGGGAAAUGAAGCAGUUGAAAAGGAAAAGGAAAAGUAAUUUUAGCGUUCAAGAAACUCAGACCCUUUUGAAAGAAAUCAGAACACGGAAAGACGUCAUCUUCUCCAAGCAGCUGAAUACGACAAUUAAUGAAAUGAAACGGAAAGCUUGGGAGGAGAUUGCCGAGUGUGUGAACGCGGUAGGAGAAGGAGAGCAGAGAACAGGGACAGAAGUGAAAAGGAGGUAUCUGGACUGGAGAGCUCUCAUGAAGAGGAAGCAGCUGAAAGCCAACAUAAAACUGGUCGGCGCCGGAUACCACUUCCCUUCAUCUGAUCUAGAUGACUCUCUUACUGAGGAGAUAGAUGAAAAGAUGGGUUUUAUCAAUGAUUCGGGUUUUGAUUGGCAAAAUAUGGCCGAUUUCAAGGAAGCAGGUGGAUCUUUGACCGAAGUCAAAGUGGAAGAGGAGGAGAAAGACCCGCAGAGCUUUGAGUUUGAGAUCGAGGAGGAAGAAGAAAUGUUGUCAUCUGUCAUGCCCGAUUCCAAAAGAGAAAAUGAACUUCCUGACUUUCCCCACAUCGAAGAGUUUGGUACCCUUAACUGCACCCAAGCCAGAUCUUCCUUCGACGACUCCCACUUACUGGUAAGCCUGGAGAAACAGAAGCUCGAAAUGGAAAAACAGAGGCUGGACAUCGAGGCCGAGAGGUUGCAGGUAGAGAAAGAACGGCUGCAGAUCGAAAAGGAGAGACUGCGGCAUUUAGACAUGGAGCACGAGAGAAUUCAGCUGGAGAAGGAGCGGCUGCAGAUCGAGAGAGAGAAACUGAGGCUGCAGGUGAUGCAUGCCGAGAAACCCCUCCUGGAGAAUGAACUCGGGCAAGGGGAGAAGCCGGUGUUUCAGCCCCUGGACAUUGAGACGGAAAAGCUUAAACUUGAAAAAGAACGUUUGCAACUGGAAAAAGAUAGGCUCCAGUUUUUAAAAUUUGAAUCGGAGAAGCUGCAGAUAGAAAAGGAACGCUUACAAGUGGAGAAAGAGCGACUUCGAAUUCAGCGGGAGGGGCAUUUGCAGUAA